CCAAUCUUUCUCCAUUCUCCCAAACUCUUUUCGGUUUUUCUCUUUCUUUCCCUCUCUCCUUCUCUCUUUCAUAAAAAGAUGGGAAGAAACGAGCUGUACAUUACCGUACCCAAUCUCUUCCGGUGUCCAAUAUCUCUAGACGUCAUGAAGUCUCCGGUAAGUCUCUGCACUGGCGUCACAUAUGAUCGCUCCAGUAUCCAGCACUGGCUCGAUAGUGGACACGACACCUGUCCCGCUACGAUGCAGGUCCUCGACACCAAAGACUUCGUUCCUAAUCUCACUCUCCACCGCCUUAUCAACCUCUGGAAUCAAUCUUCUACUCGCCGGCCUGAUUCCGAAAACUCUCCGGCUGCUGCGACGAUCUCCGACCAGCAAGUUGGGAUUUGGAUUGAGGAAAUUAAGCGUGAAAGAGUGGAAUCGCUGGUGAAGAUUGUGGAGUUCUUGAAUUAUUCAGAGGAGAAUAGUAGAUUUUUGGUGAGAUUUGAUGGUUUUAUUGAUGCAAUUGUUAUUGUUUUAAGCAGAGAAGGAGUAGAAAUUCAGGUUUUGGAGUUGAUUAUUAGGGUUUUGGACUUAAUUUUGGUUCAAAAUGGAAUCAAAGAGAAAGUGCACAGAUUAUUCCUUCAAAAUCAGAAUUGCUUGUCUUCGUUUCUCUCUGUUAUCAAAAAUGGAAAUUCAAAUUCGAAAAUCCAAUCCAUUAGAGUUUUGGGUUCAAUUUCACUCAACAAUGAAUCGAAACGGUUCAUUGCUGAAACACAAAACCUCAUCCCGGUUCUUCUCCAUCUCCUCAAAUCAGAAACCGAUCUACCGGCUUUACACGACACCGUUUUGUCUCUUUUGAUCUCUCUAACCAUAACUCGCUCGAUCAAAACCCAAAUCGUCCAGCUCGGACUCGUUCAGCUCCUCUCAAACACCCUCUCCAACAAAAACGCAGCCAUUUCACUGAUUGAGAAGUGCCUAAAGCUAUUAUCAAUCAUUUCAACAUGCACAGAAGGUCGGGCAGCGAUAAGCGAGGACGCGAAAUGCGCAGGGUGUAUUGUAGAGAGAUUAAUGAAGGUGACAAAAACGGCGACGGAGGAUGCCGUAUUGGUGUUGUGGAGUUUAUGCUGUACGUUCCGGGACGAGAGGGUGCAGGAGAAGGUUAUGGGCAGCAAUGGAUUGACGAAGUUAUUGUUGGUGAUGCAAAGCGAAGGAGAUGGGACUGUGAGAAGGAUGUGCGGAGAAUUGAUUAAGGUAAUGAGAAAUAGGUACAAAAAUGGUGGAAAUGGGAUGGUGGUGAGUUAUGAGACUAAAACUACUCAUAUCAUGCCCUGUUAGAUUUGCAAUUGGAAUAGUGAAAAAAAGAAAAAGAAGUUAAUUUUGAUAAUUUUAGGAAGACAUGAAUUAGGAUUUUGUUGAUAUUAACAUCAAACACAAGGAAAAGAAAGAAAUUCUUUUUUU